CUCUUCCUCGGCGCUGCCUACGGAGGUGGCAGCCAUCUCCUAGCCGGCACCAUGGCCGCCCUCAGACCCCUCGUGAAACCCAAGAUUGUCAAAAAGAGGACCAAGAAGUUCAUCCGGCACCAGUCAGACCGAUAUGUCAAAAUUAAGCGGAACUGGCGGAAACCCAGAGGCAUUGACAAUAGGGUGCGUAGAAGAUUCAAGGGCCAGAUUUUGAUGCCCAACAUUGGUUAUGGGAGCAACAAGAAAACAAAGCACAUGCUGCCCAGUGGCUUUCGGAAGUUCCUGGUCCAUAACGUCAAGGAGCUUGAAGUGCUGCUGAUGUGCAAUAAGUGAGUUGGAUCCCCCCGCUCUGGGUUCAGAUGCCAAAGUAUGCAUCUGUGAGCAUUUUUGGUAGGGGCUCUAGACCUUUCAAAAUGCAUGUGGAGUUGUAUAUUCUCCCAGGAGCUUAGUGAAUGCUUCUUGGGGACUUUAGAAUGUUUUGGGAGGAAUGUGAGGUGGGGGCAUGACAGCUUGUCCUGAAAAGUGUAGAGACC